CAAGUUAGGCCUGUGUGCCGGAGUAUUGCCGACCGGCUUGUGGAACGUUUUCUUCGUCAGUUUUCUUUCGCAAGUUUCGUUAGUUUAGCCAUCUCUAAAGCUGUGUGCGUUAAGCAUUCCCUCGUUCUUGGAGGCGUUCUUGCUCGACGACGAAAUUCUUUCGGGCGCGUGCACUGGUUCAGGGCGCACGCAACUUUAUUGUUUCUUGUCGUGUCUUUCGGGAAGCAUCCGGCUGUGCGUGUUCAUUCAGAAUGGCUUUGCGUUACGAUGAGCUGAAAGCUCCGUUUGUUGAUUUCGGAAAUGGAGUUAAGUUGGCGCUCAAUUUGGAAGAGUUUACGGACGCGGCAUCGAAGGAAAAGGCAGCCAAAGAGUUACGCGAAACAGCCGACGUGAUGGACGCAUCGAUUCGGAAGCUUCGUGAGUUAAUACAGCAGGAAAAGCAGCUAAAAGUUCCAAUGGAGAAUGAGGCGUACAUGAGGCGUUUUUUACGCCCCAAAAAAUACUAUCCAGACAGUACGUUUGAUAUGAUGAAAGCAUUUUAUCGCAUGAAAGCGAGAGAAAAUUUCAUCUCCGAUCACUUCACGACGAACUCGAUUAAAAACGCUCUGGAGGAUCGUGUGGUACAGAUUCUGCCGAAGCGCGAUCAACAUGGGCGUCGCAUACUGUACAUGGAAAUGGGAGCAAAAUGGAACUGCACGAAAGUACCAUCGCUGGAGGCAAUCCGUUGCACCAACAUGCUAAUGGAGAUGGUUGGCCAAGAACCAACCACCCAGCUGAACGGUGUCGUGUUCGUCAUCAACUUCGACAAGCUGUCGCUGUCGCAUAUCGGCCAGUUUCCCCCCAAGUUCGUGAAGACGGUGGUGGACCAUGGGCAGAAGAACUCACCCCAUCGCAUCAAGGGCAUACACAUCGUAAACAAUGCGCGCAUGUUUAACAUCUUUUUCAAGAUAUUCAAACCAUUUCUGGGGAAGAAAUGGAGCCAGCGGAUAUUCUUACACGGUGUGGAGUUCAAAUCGCUUCACGAACACAUCGAUGCCGACUGUUUGCCCUCGUUUCUGGGAGGAACGUACGAGCUGCCGGAGUAUGAUGGGGCAGUUAUCGGACAGCUGUUGGAUUGCUACAAGGAGAAAUUUGAGCAGGAGGAGAACUAUGGAUACGUCAAUGAGGUGAAAGAAUCUUAAACUGGAAAUUGGUAAUUUGCAGUAAAAUGAUCAAUAAUUGUGCUCCUGCUACAUCACGAAGCGUAAUAAACAAAGGUUAACUCAUGAACUGCCGUAGAUUUUCAAUUUUUGUUGCAGUAUAUAAAAAACAAAUAAACAUGAAACAAUUCAUAAAUCCUA